UAUCGUUCAAACUGCGAAAGCAUACGAUUUCGGGCCAAAACUACAUGGGGUAUAGCCGUAUAUCUAUACACUGAAAACACCCUGCCCAACCCUAAACUUUAGAAACCUCUCAACUUCCUUUGAUCUUCAAAGCUCGUUCCAGGCCGAAAGAUGUCGACUGUGAAAGUCCCUACCCAAUGCAUGCUUAGGACCAUCCCAAAGACAACAGCUAUGACCCCGAUGGUUAAGUUCCCGGUAUCUUUGGGUUCAGUUAAAAGCAUCUCCAAGUCAUUUGGCUUGAAAUCUUCUUGCUUCAGAACUACUGCAAUGGCAGUAUACAAGGUAAAGUUGAUUGGGCCAGAUGGGCAAGUAAGCGAGUUUGAUGCCCCAGAUGAUUGUUACAUCCUGGAUUCAGCCGAGAAUGAAGGGGUCGAGCUACCUUACUCAUGCAGGGCAGGUGCCUGCUCAACUUGUGCCGGGAAGCUCGAAACUGGAACUGUCGAUCAGUCAGAUGGAUCCUUCCUUGAUGAUGGUCAAAUGGACAACGGUUAUUUGCUCACUUGUGUUUCUUACCCUAGAUCCGACUGUGUUAUUCAUACCCACAAAGAGGGUGAUCUCUACUAGUGUAUUAGUCAGAUAGGAAGUUCCUUGAUUUAGUAGCAUUGUGGCAAUGAAGUACUGAAUGUAGACCAUAUAUUUCGAGUGUGUUGCUGAUGGUCGUAUACUCGUAUGUCAUGGAUUGUAGCUGUCUGAUGCAGUAAAUCUCGCAAUUGUUGGUUCUUACUCUUUCGUAGAUUUGCUUUUGGCCCUCUGUUUUGUUUUGCAUUUGCUGAUCAACGAAGUCAAUAUAUGAAAUGUGGAGACUCGAAUGGUUUUCCUUAAACAUGAGAAGGCCUAUAUCUUUUGCA